AUGGAACCAUUGGUGAAAUCAUCAGAUUUGUUAGUUUGGCGAAAGAAUGCUUGGAAUAACUCAACAGCAAUAUAUGGAGAGUUGGUGGACUUAUGUGUCAAGGACAACACGUUCACAAGUGGAUUGGCAAACUUGUUGGACUCGUCAGAAGUCGAUUCCUUCGCAAAGACAGUGGUCAAUAUAUACACGGCGGCUAAUAAGACAUUGCCGUUGAUCAAGUACUUGAUAUUCAAUGAGUUCAAUAAGCAGGCGAAUUCCGAAGGCGAGGGCUCAAUCAUGCGUGGCAAUAAUAUAGUCAACAAGAUUGAGGGCGCCUACGUGCGUCUGGUCGGCGCAAGCUACCUCCGCUACGUACUCUCCGACCUCGUCACCAAGGUCGUCCUGGACAAGGACCUGCGCAUGGAGAUCGACCCACACAAACUCAAAGCUUACAACAAGGACGAUGAUGAUGUCAAUGACUCACCGCCUGCGGUGAGCGGCAAGCCAGGCAGCGCAGCAACCACCACCAACAACAGCAACGCCAACCCUGCUACAAUGAUUCAACAGAAUCUAAAGGCAUUGAAGGAGACGGCACAGUUGUUCAUUGAUAGGAUAACAGAUCCAACGAUUGUUGAGGAGAUGCCACGUGAGAUCCGUGCCAUUGCUGAUUAUACAUCAGAGUCUGCGUUAAAGUAUGCGCCAGAGUCUUUGGCACCACUUGUCGGAGGCUUCAUCAUGCUCCGCUUCUUCACACCAGCCAUCGUCACGCCCGAGUACUCCAAACUCAUUGCCCCUGACAUUGUCCCCUCGCGACGUGCCAAGCGCAACCUCAUCCUCCUGGCCAAGAUUCUUCAGAACACAUCGAAUGGAGUACUGUUUGGAGGAAAGGAGGAGUGCAUGUCAUGUAUGAAUAACUUCAUAAUGGAUAACAAACAGAAGAUGUCAAAGUACUUCCAGAUGAUCUGCAAGGACCCUCUGAACAACACGCAGAAAUGGUGUGAUUUGGAGGGCGUUCCGCCAACACAGCAAGGCUUCCUGGUGUGUAAGCCUGGCGGCAGCGCAAUCAGAUCACCACGCAUGGAGACCAAGUCACCAGCAUCAAAGUGGACGGUCACAACGCCAUCCACAUUCACUCCAUCACAGUCCACUCAUCCCUCGGUACCCGCACCCAUGUCAUCCACAUGGGGCAACGGUGUCAUUCACAAACAAGCCACAGGCAGCACGGGCAGUGGCAGCACAGGCAGCUCGCCACGCACACCGGGCAGCUAUUCCCCGCCUCAACAUCACCCACCUGCCACUUCACAGUUGCAGUCACAAAUACCAUUCGUCCCAUCACCAUGGGACAGCUACAUCCGCAGUCUCGAGAUACACGACUUGUUCGACCUGCAUCGCAUCUUGGACAUGUACAAGGACAAGCUGGCGAUCAAACUCGCCAGCAACCGUUCCUGUCCCAAGAUCCUGGACAUUCUCAAGCAGCUGGGCUCGUCGCCCAAGACCAAAGUCGAGAAGAAGAAAAAGGAGGACCUGCUCCAGCAGCAACAGCAGCAGCAGGGCAGUCUCAAUCCAGGCAUCGACGACUUCACCCUGAUGUUGGAGCGCGCACGCUUCCUCUUCCAGGGCCCCAACGACAAGCACGAUCGCCCCGUGUUCUACCUCAUCUUCAACCGCAUCAAGCCCGAGGUCUUUGACAACAUCAACCCGCUGAUUGCGCACAUCUUCAAGGUGAUGGAUAGCUGCGUUAACACAUCGGCCUACACACUGGUGGUCGACAUGUCCUGGUCGCAUGUCUCAUCCGACAUGAAGCGUGCCAUCUUCACGCAUCUGCCCAAGCUGGCCGAGGUCUUCUCACGCAAGUACAGGAAGAACAUUGAGAAUCUCUUCAUUGUCCACCCCUCUGCGUACACUCGCGCCGUCAUCUACUUCAUGCGUACAUUCACCAGCAGGAAGCUCAAGAGGAAGAUACACGAGAUCUACAACUGGAAGCAGCUCACCACCUACAUCGACACUGAGAACAUCGCCUUGCCCGAGACAAGCAAGGACUACAUCACCAAGAGUUAUCGUGUAGUCAAGGUCAACUCCAAGGGAAAGAAGCAAGAGCGUUUGAUCAAGUUCACGAGCAACUCACUGUUGAACAUCGAUCCAAAGACCAAGAGGAUACAGAAUGAGAAGAGAAUUGAUGAGAUUGAUGAGAUCGCGUCAGUGUUGGGAUCAGUCGAGAUAUCGAUGAAGUUCAAGGGCGAUUCUCCAGAGGGCCACGACCUUACCACGACAACAGGCAGCAAGUCCAGGAUUGGCUUCCUGUCCAACGCCGUCACCGGCCUAACCAAGAGCGUCUCGGAUGGCGUGCGUCGUUACGUGUGCAACGACGAGCUGGAGAGGGACCACAUCGUACAAGACAUCCUGGGCGCCGGCUUCAAGGAGGGCCUGUCCAAGUACCCACCACUGGGCUCAACCCAGACCUACCAGAACAUACCACUGCCCACUGAGUACAAGGUGAUCAAGGUGAACAAGGCCGGCAAGCACCAGGAGCGCACGUUCAAGCUGACGAUCGACUCGCUGCUCAAUCUCGAUCAGAAGAGCAUCAAGAGCGAGAACUCCUUUGCCGGCAUCGACGAGGUAGCCCUGGACUUUGAGAACCAGGAUAUUGUGUGGAUGAAGUACAAGUCCGAGCCACACAAGCGCAAGGUCAUUUGUCGCGAGGGCGAGGGCAAGCAACUGUUUGAAGUGUUGACCGAGGCCAUAUAUAAGUACCAGAAGCUGUUUGACAUCCAAGAGGGUGACUUCAAGCUGGCCGCCGAAGAGUCUGCCUACCAGUAG